AUGUACUUGGAGAUGUGCUGCCGUCAGUUGAAAGAGAUGGAGACGGCCACCGACGACGCUUACUGCGUGGGUAUUGAGAAGUCGAUGCGGGAGCUGAUGGAGCAGCCACGGACGCAGUUGAUAAUGCGGGAGGAAGACGUGGAGAGUGCGUGGGAGAUCGCCGGUGAGCUGCCUGGGAAGUGCGGCGCUUCCGUCUCCCGGUGCCAUUUCAACCGUCCGGCAUGGUUUUGA